AUGAUUGAAACCGGAGCAACUAAUUCCAGUAUCCCCGAACGAACUCAUCGACAAACAAAACACAAAAAAUUCAUUAGUAAAAAUCAUCAAAAAUUAAUUCUGGCAGAUGGGCAUUCGCCUUUAGACGUUAUUGGAAAACUGGAAUUAGACAUUAAAUUAAGAUCAACUGUUACAACGAUUCAAGCAGUGGUAGUCAAGCAUCUUAGUGUGGAAUGUUUAUUGGGAACGGAUUAUAUCAACAAAUAUAAAAUGAAUAUUGAUGCGGUAAUUGAUCCGGUUCGUCUUAUUAAUUCUGUUAUUAUUUCUCCGUAUGAAGAAUAUUCACUUAAUGUAUCAGCUGGGAUCUCAAAAGCAACUGUAAUUUUCGAAUCAUCAUUCAAUUUAAAACAGCAAAUUCCACUGUUAAUGGCUAAUGCUCUGAUCAAUGUACAUCAUCAUACAAUCACAAUCCCUUUGUACAACCCAUCACCAUAUCCACAAUAUUUAUCAAAAGAAAUUAUUUUGGAAACUUUUCGGCUAUCAACAGAUGAUCCUGAUUUUUCUACAACACCAAAACCAUUUGAUAAUUCCAAGUCAACAGUUGCCACAACAACACUUGUUCAUACAAUCAAAACAAAAGAUAAUCAAUCACCACCAUUUGACAAGCAAUAUUCAUAUUAUGGUGAGAAAAAAACGGCUUUAGAAAAGAUCAUCAACAAAUUGUUGGCUGCUGGACAAAUUGGUGAAGCGCAUUCCCAAUACAAAUCACCUGCUUUUCUAGUUGGCAAACCUAGUGGCGGUCAUCGUCUGGUAAUGAAUUACAAAAGAUUGAAUGAUAUUACAAUAAAGGAUGGAUUUGAUUUACCCAAUAUGGAAGAAACUAUCCAACAACUUGGCCAUGGAAAAAAUCAUUAUUUUUCAAAACUUGAUUUAAAAUCAGGCUUCUGGCAAUUUUCAAUUGACAAAAAAGAUCGUCAUAAGACGGCAUUCAGCGCUUUCGGAAAAUUAUAUCAAUGGAAUGUCCUUCGUCAGGGUCUUAAGCAUACUCCAUCAUCGUUUCAACGAAUCAUGCCACAAUCAUCAGAUGGCAUACAGCCAUUGAAUGAAAAAGUGCAAGCAAUUCUGAAUCUGGCAGAACCAAAAGCUCUCAAACAAGCAAAUGAAUUUGUUGGAAACGAUUCAAAACCAAUAAGUCUCACAACUGAUUUUUCAAUCAUUGGUAUUUCUGGUGUUUUGCAACAAGAAAAUGAAGGACACACAAGACAUUUACAUUAUGAUAGUUAA